GUUGGGGCUCUCAAUGCAUGUUUCAUGGCAAAGAGGGGCUACAAAGUGGACCUGUUUGAGAAACGAGAAGACAUCAGAACCAUGGAGGUAGUAAGAGGUAGGAGUAUCAACCUUGCCCUGUCUGUACGGGGACGGGAGGCCCUGAGAGAGGUCGGACUGGAGGAAGUGGUUGUGAAGGAAGGGAUCAAGAUGUACGCCAGAAUGAUUCACAGUGGUGAUGGGUCUCUCAGCGAGAUCUUAUAUGGCAGGAAAGAUCAGUACAUCAUGUCUGUCGACAGACGGAAACUCAACGAAGUACUGCUGACAGCUGCUGAAAAACACUCAAAUGUCCAAAUGCAUUUUGAACAGAAGAUGGUUUGCUGUAAUAUAAAGACAGGAGAUAUAGAAUUCAAAAGUAAAACUGGAGAAACUAAGAAAAUGUGUGUGGAUCUUAUUAUUGGGAAUGAUGGAGCAUUCUCAGCUGUCCGACAGCAAAUGAUGAAGGAUUCUCUCCUUAACUAUGAGCAGACCUACAUACCUCACGGGUACAUGGAGUUAUGUAUCCCUCCCGAACUCAUCAGGGACAGGUGAGCUCAAUUUUUUAAAAUGGGAGUGAAUUAUCUACACAUUUGGCCUAGGAAUGAGUUUAUGAUGAUAGCUCUGCCAAACCAGGACAAGAGUUUUACUGCCACCCUUUUCAUGCCUUUUGACAUCUUUAACGGCAUUAGUAGUGGAGAGGAGGCUAUGGUGUUCUUCCGGGAAAAGUUUCCAGAUUCGAUCCCACUGAUUGGAGAAGAAGCCAUAAAGGAAACGUUCAGGAAAAGCAAGGCAUUGCCCAUGGUCUCCAUCAAAUGUUCACCGUACCAUUAUGGGAGUAAAACAGUCAUCAUGGGAGAUGCAGCACAUGCCAUGGUUCCGUUCUAUGGACAGGGUAUGAAUGCGGGAUUUGAAGACUGCAUCGUGUUUAACGAUAAAUUGAAUGAGUUCAAAGAUGAUUUUGAUGCAGCUUUGAAAGCCUAUACAGAGUACAGGAAGCCUGAUGCCCAGGCCAUCAAUGAUUUAGCUAUGUACAACUAUGUAGAGAUGAGGAAGUCUGUAAACUCUAAGAUGUUUCUGCUGAGGAAGAAGCUGGACAACUUUCUAUACAGGCUUUUCCCCAACAGCUGGGUUCCUCUGUACACCAUGGUAUCCUUUUCAAGAACACGGUACCAUGAGUGUAUCAGCCGAAGAGAAUGGCAGGACAAGAUGCUGACCAAAUCUCUCAAUGUAGGUUGUGUUGUGUUGGGAUUAUCGUUUGUUGUUUUCGGACGUCACAUGCUCACUAAACAAGAGUCUUUUCUGACGACCUUGACAGAGGACCUUACAGGAAAUUUCAAGUCAAUGUUUGGUGGAUGGAUGCAACAGCUAUAGACAUUUUUUUCAUUGAUUCAAGUAUUAAUGAACCAGCUGGAUGUUGAGCAAGAUAUGUUGAGGAAAUUAUUUUAAAUAUUGUCAUGUUACUAAGGUUGUGAUUUGAUGACAUCAGUCAUAUUCUUCAAAACAGAAAUAGACUUUGUCAAACAACAAUGAGGUAGGACCACUGUAUGUACCCAUAUUUAUCAUGAAAUAAGCUUGGCACAAACCUAUAUCAAAACAGGCUCACUGGAGCACUGUAGUAUUAGUUGGCACUGUACUGAUUUGAGGGAGGUAUUACCAGGCAUGGGCUUAUUUCUUGGCAAAUAUGGUAAAGAAUCUAGCAGGCAUGGGCUUAUUUCUUGGCAAGUAUGGUAAAGAAUCUGGCGGACAUGGGCUUAUUUCUUGGUAAAUAUGGUAAAGAAUCUAGCAGACAUGGGCUUAUUUCUGUAAUAUAUUUUGUUCAUUACACUUUUCCAUUAUCAGUAAGAUUACAUCACAUAACCGUGCAAGGACAGGUGGAUAUUCUGUCAGGCUUAUUGUGAUGUACAGCUUGUUAUCAUAGCCCAAAAUCAGAAAUAGAUAAAUAUCUUGAAUGACUUGUUCGGGCAGGAUGAUUUGCCAACAUACAGUAAAUGACUGUUAUACUUGAGUAAGUGUGUAAACAUUCCAGUUUUUAUCUUACAAAAUGUACAGAUUUAAAAAAAAACAAUCAAAUUUAUGUAGAAAAAUACUCUUUAACAUUUAAGUAUGUUUAUGCAUUUUAUAUACAGUAUAUGGUGUGUAUUUGCUAAAUAUUGUUUUCAUUGUCACAUGGAUAUAGCUUUUUAGUACGUAAUGUACAUUCCUUAUACAUGUAUUAAGUAUAUAUAUAUGUACAUAGCUUGACAACAACACAAAUAUUUUUGAUUGAUGAACAGUGACCAAAUGAAAUACUGAAGUAUUUUGUAUGAUGUGUUGUGAGUAGUACGUGACCCCACCUUCCCUAGUGAUGGGAUCCUUCUAUGUACAAGUUGCUCCUACACACAAUGGUCAGUGUCAGUUUAUCAAACACCAUGAAUUGGAUUUUUAUGUUAUUCAAGAUUCUGGUAACUCACCUGCGUUUGAUUUAAAAUAUGAUAUGAAACUGCACAGUAUUGAUAUAUAGAUGUAUUAAAUUUCUCAGCCAUUCCGUCUAUUCAAUGGCCUAGUCAUCACUGCGAUCCAUUGUUAUGUAAACGCUUAUCAGAUUGUGAUCUCCAUGAAUGCUACUCGCUUUGAUAUUUAUUCUUUCAUGCAUUCUAGCUGUUAAUAGUUCCAUUCCAGACACAAAUCAAAGAUUUUGUGAAGAGGGUUCCAAACCUUGGGAGGUAUUCAUCCAGUAAUAAUAUACCCAAAGUGUUACACAGGGUUUGAUCUGCCACUGCCUCUGAUGGUCUUUGAAGUAUAUUUCAUAAUCAUGACAUAUGUUGAAUUAUUGGCUGUGAAGUUUAGCUGUGGUUUUCCUUGGUUAUGUAUAUGUAGUUCAUGGCCGUCCGUCCUUGGUUAUGUAUGUAGUUCAUGGCCGUCCUUGGUUAUGUAUGUAGUUCAUGGCUGUCCUUUGUUAUGUAUGUAGUUCAUGGCCGUCCUUGGUUAUGUAUGUAGUUCAUGGCCGUCCGUCUUUGGUUAUGUAUGUAGUUCAUGGCUGUCCUUGGUUAUGUAUGUAGUUCAUGGCCGUCCAUCCUUGGUUAUGUAUGUAGUUCAUGGCUGUCCUUGGUUAUGUAUGUAGUUCAUGGCUGUCCUUGGUUAUGUAUGGCUGAUCAAACUCAAACUUAAAGCAGAUCUUCCUUACCAAAAGUGCUUACUUGAGAUUGCUUUCGGGGUGUGAAGGUCAAAGGUCAAGGUCAUUCUUAUCAAAAAUUGAAAAUUAAUUUCCGUGUGGUAACCCAAGUUCCCUUGGACUGAUCAAAUACAAAAAAUCAUGAUCUUCCUUACCAAAAGUGCUUGCUGCUUUGGAUUGCUUUCCAGGUCCAAAGGUCAAAGGUCAAGGUCACUGUUAUUAAAAAUUUGUUUCCUUGUGAUAAUUCUUGUAAUCACCCAACUUUCUGUGCAGGCGACAUAUUCACUUCCAUUGAAUUCUUGUUUUACUGGUAGGUAGUCAGUAUGGAAAAAACUUUAAGAGUUUCUGACAUGACCCUGACUUUUACAUCUUUUUGGAUAGGUAGCUUAUACAUGUAAUAUCAGGUACAUGUAGUAGUUAAUGUGUUUCAAUGACUCCUCUUCAAUCUGAUUUGGUAACUAGGACAACUGAUUGAUAUUUUGUAUACUGAGUUGAUUGCCUGUGUUAUCUGGUGACUCACGUUGAUUGGGAAUCUCCUUUAAUGAUCAAAAUUUUGUUUUAUUCAUCAUUAUAAUUUAUGAAUCACCCCUCCAACAAAUCAUCCAACAUGUAAAUUGAUAUAAAUGUAAGAUUAACAUUCUUCCAUGUUAUAAUUAGUUUCUUUCCAUCACCAGCUGAUCAACCCCUUCUUUAGGGAGACUACCGAUUUUGUUCCCAAAUUUAGACAAAAAUUAUCAGUUUUUAUUCAAUUCUUUUUUUUUAAUCUAGUACAUCUAUCUGCAUGGCUUCAAGAAUCUAGCAUUGAGGUAUAAGUUUGUUAAAGAAGGUGAAUAAAUGUGCUUUAACCUGAACACUCACCAGAACCCGCCUUGAAAUUUUAUAUAUUUGCAAUUAAGUCAAAUAUACAUAUCCAAACACGAAAGGGGACCGCGGUGGCCAAGUGGUUAAGGUGUUCCGACACUUUAUCACUAGCCCUCCACCUCUGGGUUGCGAGUUCGAAACCUACAUGAGGCAGUUGGCAGGUACUGACCAGAGGCCUGUGGUUUUUCUCCGGGUACUCUGGCUUUCCUCCACCUCCAAAACCUGGCACGUCCCUAAAUGACCCUGGCUGUUAAUAGGACAUUAAACCAAACAAACCAAACCAAACAAACACGAAAAUAUCACUUCUGUAAAUCAUAGAUGUGCAGGGCUUGAAUUUGAUGGGACUGAGCAAUCCAAGUUUACCUUCAGUAUUUUAGUAAGAGCAUUAUGCCAAAUUAAUUUAUUGUACUUAUUAUAUCAAAUCUGUAUUUUAUGCAUUUUCAUGCAAACAUUUAUGUCAGGUUGGAAUCAGAUGGGUGUGUAUUGUUCCACCCUGUAAUUACUCUUGUUAUGUUUGUAUUUAUUGUUGAAAUAUAAUCAGAACGUAGUUUAUAGCUAGUACCCACUAGGUACCUAAAUUGAUAACUUGUUAACGUACCAAUUGCUAUUAGUGUGACUUUUUAUCACUCCAGAUAUGCAUUCCUUCUAAUUUGCGUUAAAACUGUACGGUUGUUAUUAGGUUUGUAGUUAGACAAUGCCAGUUAAAUAACAAGUACCAUUAUAUAAUGUUUUAUCACGUACAUGACACCUACAAUCUAAGGUUGUUUUAUAUUUUGUAAAUUAUAUACCAGAUUUAUAGCAUAUAUUGCUUAUCAAAACUAUUUCCAUAUAUAUACAUGUAUACAGUAUUUUCAAAUUGUAUUAACCAACAUAUAUUUGUUUAU